AUGUCUCAUCAUCCGUGCAUGUCUCAUCAUCCGUGCAUGCCCAUCAUCCGUGCAUGCCCCAUCAUCCGUGCAUGCCCCAUCAUCCGUGCAUGCCCCAUCAUCCGUGCAUGCCCCAUCAUCCGUGCAUGCCCCAUCAUCCGUGCAUGCCCCAUCAUCCGUGCAUGCCCCAUCAUCCGUGCAUGCCCCAUCAUCCGUGCAUGCCCCAUCAUCCGUGCAUGCCCCAUCAUCCGUGCAUGCCCCAUCAUCCGUGCAUGCCCCAUCAUCCGUGCAUGCCCCAUCAUCCGUGCAUGCCCCAUCAUCCGUGCAUGCCCCAUCAUCCGUGCAUGCCCCAUCAUCCGUGCAUGCCCCAUCAUCCGUGCAUGCCCCAUCAUCCGUGCAUGCCCCAUCAUCCGUGCAUGCCCCAUCAUCCGUGCAUGCCCCAUCAUCCGUGCAUGCCCCAUCAUCCGUGCAUGCCCCAUCAUCCGUGCAUGCCCCAUCAUCCGUGCAUGCCCCAUCAUCCGUGCAUGCCCCAUCAUCCGUGCAUGCCCCAUCAUCCGUGCAUGCCCCAUCAUCCGUGCAUGCCCCAUCAUCCGUGCAUGCCCCAUCAUCCGUGCAUGCCCCAUCAUCCGUGCAUGCCCCAUCAUCCGUGCAUGCCCCAUCAUCCCUGCAUGCCCCAUCAUCCCUGUGAAGGAGAUGGCCAGCAAGCAACAUCCCCACCUCGUGCGGCUCUUAGGCUACUGCAUUGACUUCAACCCCACCACACGGCACAUGGAGCAAAUCCUCAUCUACGAGUUCAUGCAAAACCGCGACCUUGAGAGCUGGAUCGGACCGACUUUUGAGGUGAAAGAAAUGGCCAGCAAGCAUCAUCCCCAUCUCGUGCGUCUCUUGGGUUACUGCAUCGACUUCAACCCAUCCACAAGGCAUAUGGAGCAAAUCCUCAUCUACGAGUUCAUGCCAAACUACGACCUUGAGAGCUGGAUCGGACCGGGCGCGUCCAUCCCGCUUUCGCUUCCCCAACGGUUGGACGUUCUGAUUGGGGUCGCGAAGGGGUUGCAGUAUCUACAUGACUUUGGGAUCGUGCACCGGGACAUCAAGCCCGCCAACAUUCUCCUUGGCGCGAAAAUGGAGGCCAAGAUUGCAGAUUUCGGCCUUGUGAAGCUAAGCGGCGGCACGACCAUGGGGACAUCCGUGGCUGCCACUAGAGUCAUGGGAACACCGGGCUAUGUGGACCCUGCGUAUUACAACUUUGGAGUGGUGAUGCUUGGGGUGAUCACGGCCCGCAAGGCAGUGCAUGUGACAGAGGACACGCUCUUCAACCUCAAGCAAUGGGUUGCUCCUCUCGUGGCAUCAAGCAACGUGAUGGCCUUCAAGGACCCCUAUCUAACCGCACCCGAUGCUCUGAUACUGCGUAUGGCUCGGCUCGCCCUCUCCUGCACUGCCAUGCCCACGGCAUCUCGCCCCACCAUGAGCCAAGUGCUCGUGGAACUGGUGAAAAUAAGGAGUGAGGUUGUGGAGGAGAAGGGGAGCAGGGCUGCGUCGCGCAUUGACAGGGAGAUUGACAGCUCUGCUGAGGCUGAUUUUGAUGCCCAGAUGGCUCGUUUGGAGCUUGUUGGUAGCCAGAGUGGUCCAUCCACUGACAUGGUCUGA